GCCAUGGCAGCCAAACAGUCAUUUCCGCCUAGAGUCCGCCGGGGGGUGUGAAGUAUCCCAGAAAGCAUCUGUGGCAAGAGUUGUACACGCAAAAGAGGAAACCAUGGAGAAAGGGGAAGAGACGAGGCGAUGAGAAGCACAGAGAAAUAAAGAACACGUCAGGAUGAAGACGAGUACCGUGUCUCUAACCGUCUGGUUUGCUCAGGUUCUAACUCUCUGUGCUCUUCAUGAAACCCACACAGACCUUCUGACCACACCGGAGCUGGACGUCUCCACGACAACCUCACAAACAAUAACAAUAACGAUGACCACAGUGAUAUCAGUAGAGGAGCUGAUGUCAGAUGGGACUCCACCUCUGACUCCCACACCGGAGCUGAGAGGCUCUAUGGGCUCGCUGGAGGACGACAGGAGAAACAACACCAUCAGCACCUCUGACCACAACAUCAUGAGUCUCACAGAGAUGACCAUCUCUACAAACACCACGAGUGUCACGAAUGAAUACCAUGAAACAGGAACCAGCCCUGAAAGCACGAGUAGAAACAUUCAAAACACGACUGAGAUCUCGAUAUCCGGAACGUCUGUCCAGCUGGACCAUGAUGUACAAACAACAACAUCUGCAAGUUGGACAGAAAACAGAACAAGCGAUACUGAUGAAGCAAACAUCACCACUCAGUUGCCUCUGGUUUACUCAACACACCAGACUGAUGUAACUCAAACUGCAGGAAGUUAUGGCACAACAGGCAAAAGUCCAGCUCCAUCUACAGCAGGAACCUCUCUGGAGAUACUUUCUACAAAACAAACACCUACAGAUGCCACCACAAACACCACCACACCUGCAGAAACAUCUGGACAUAUCAGUAUACCAGUAACACCGGUCCAUUCUACACAAGUGACCAGCGGUUCCACAGAUAACACAAAGGAACCCCUGCUGUCAACUACCGAGAUGAUGGACUGGAAAACUCAGGAGAACACAGAAGCUCUCACAACAACUCAAGGAACUGUGCACGAUGACACGACAAAUACAACUUGGAGAGCAUGGCCUUCAAACACAGAAGACACGUGGAGCACCAACAGCACCAUGCUCAGGAACAUCUCCACAGCAGGGACAGAGACACCACGCUGGACGAACUGCUUCAGCGUGGACUCAUCAUCUCAGCAUCGCCGGUUCUCAAACCUGGUCUGUUUCAUCACACUCUGGAGUCUCGCGAUGAUGGCAUCCAUCUUCCUGGGUCUCACCGUGUUCCUGUGGGUGCGUCUGUCCGUCACAAGAAAGAGGGCGAGACUCAGGGGCCGAGGACGAAGGGACAGAACCGCGAAGGAGAAAGAGAGCUUGUGGGCGGAGCCGGACUCAUCCAACGAGGAGAGAGUGGAGUUCUGGUAUGCCAAUGGAACCACAGUGGAGGAGAACAAGAAAAGAAACAGAUUGAGACGAGUGAAGACAAGGAAGAACGAAGAGGAGCAGAUGGACAUGUGGAUCCAGCCGAAGGUUACCAUGAAGGACAUCACGGAGUUCUGGUACGCAAAUGGGAGAGUGAGACACGAGGAGGAGACCAUGUGAACUCAACCAGGAAUGAGGGAGAGAGAGAGACAGAGAGAGGAGGAGUCUGUGUCUAACAUAUCACCCUCCUCCUUAUUCCCCACAAACAUCAGAGUGCAUUAUGGGUAAUGCCUCCACUUUAUAGAGUAUUUGAUUUGCAUUGUGGGACUUUAUAAAGUUUCUGCUCCAAACGACUUCACAGACAAAAUAGUGCACUAUGUAGUGAGUAGGGAGCAGUGAUGAGUGUGUGUCAGCUUCAUGAUAAUGUAACACACA